AUGGCUUCUGUACCUAAACGCCAUACAUACGGUGGCAACGUUGUCACUGAUAGGGACCGUCAUUCUCUUCAAAGAAACAAUGAGAUUUUGCAUCCUAUACAUAAAAAUCAGCGAAAACAUGCUACCUUCGGACCAUACAUAAUCGGUUCCACUUUGGGUGAGGGAGAAUUUGGUAAAGUUAAGCUGGGUUGGACCAAGGCUUCCUCCUCGAACGAGGUUCCUAAGCAAGUGGCAAUCAAAUUAAUUAGAAGAGAUACAAUCAAGAAAGAUGCCGAUAAAGAAAUUAAAAUAUACCGCGAAAUUAACGCACUGAAGCAUUUAACUCAUCCUAACAUUAUCUAUUUAGAAGAGGUCCUGCAGAAUUCGAAAUACAUUGGAAUAGUGCUAGAGUUUGUAUCUGGGGGAGAAUUCUAUAAGUAUAUUCAACGUAAGAGGAGAUUAAAGGAAUCUUCUGCAUGCAGAUUGUUUGCCCAAUUAAUUAGUGGGGUCAAUUAUAUGCACUACAAAGGACUUGUUCAUAGGGACUUAAAACUGGAAAAUUUAUUAUUAGAUAAGCACGAAAAUUUAGUCAUCACGGAUUUUGGUUUUGUGAAUGAAUUUUUUGAAGAUAACGAAUUAAUGAAAACUUCUUGUGGUUCGCCCUGUUAUGCAGCACCAGAACUAGUUGUUAGUACCAAGGCAUAUGAAGCAAGAAAGGCAGAUGUUUGGUCGUGUGGUGUUAUUCUUUAUGCAAUGCUCGCUGGAUAUUUGCCGUGGGAUGACGAUCAUGAAAAUCCAACGGGUGACGAUAUUGCUAGACUGUACAAAUACAUCACGCAAACACCUCUUAAAUUUCCCGAAUAUAUAACCCCUAUUCCAAGAGAUUUGCUGAGGCGAAUACUGGUACCCAAUCCAAGAAGAAGAAUAAACUUACAAACAAUAAAAAGGCAUGUGUGGUUGAAGCCUCAUGAAGCGUUUUUGAGCAUUCAGCCGAACUAUUGGGAUGAACACUUACAGAAGGAACGUCCGAAACCGCCAAACAAAGGUGACGUUGGUCGCCACUCAACUUAUUCUUCAUCAGCAUCUUCGUACUCAAAAAGUAGGGAUAGAAACUCUUUAAUUAUAGAGUCGACUCUAGAGCAACAUCGAAUGUCUCCACAGCUUGCGACCAGCAGACCAGCAUCACCAACAUUCUCUACUGGUUCCAAAGUGGUGUUAAACGAUACGAAAAAUGACAUGAAAGAAUCUAAUAUAAAUGGCGAGCGUACUAGUGCAUCAUGCAGGUACACACGUGAUUCGAAGGGCAACGGCCAGACCCAAAUAGAACAAGUAUCAGCUAGACACUCAUCCAGAGGCAAUAAGCACACAUCGGUCGCGGGACUCGUAACAAUCCCUGGCUCCCCCACAACUGCAAGAACAAGGAAUGCACCAUCAUCAAAGCUUACUGAGCAUGUAAAAGAUUCUAGUCAGACAAGCUUUACUCAGGAGGAAUUCCACCGUAUUGGUAAUUAUCACGUGCCUCGCAGUAGACCUAGGCCAACUUCAUAUUAUCCUGGACUCAGUCGUAACACCGCGGAUAAUAGUUUAGCGGAUAUUCCAGUAAAUAAGUUGGGUUCGAAUGGUAGGUUGACAGAUGCCAAAGACCCGGUACCGUUGAACGCAAUACACGAUACCAACAAAGCUACAAUCUCCAACAAUUCCAUUAUGCUAUUAUCAGAAGGUCCGGCUGCAAAGACUUCCCCAGUAGAUUACCAUUAUGCUAUUGGCGACUUAAACCAUGGUGACAAACCCAUAACUGAGGUUAUCGACAAAAUUAAUAAGGACCUUACUCAUAAAGCAGCUGAAAAUGGUUUUCCUCGAGAGAGCAUCGACCCAGAGAGUACCUCAACGAUAUUAGUUACGAAAGAACCCACUAACUCCACCGAUGAAGAUCAUGUAGAAUCUCAGCUGGAGAAUGUUGGCCACUCUUCUAAUAAAUCAGACGCUUCUUCUGAUAAAGAUAGUAAAAAGAUCUACGAAAAAAAAAGGUUCAGCUUCAUGUCGUUGUACUCAUCCUUAAAUGGUUCAAGAUCCACUGUUGAAUCUCGUACCUCAAAAGGGAAUGCACCUCCUGUUUCAUCUAGAAAUCCAUCAGGACAAUCGAAUAGAAGUAACAUUAAAAUAACUCAGCAGCAACCACGUAACCUUUCCGACAGAGUUCCAAAUCCCGAUAAGAAAAUUAAUGAUAAUAGAAUAAGAGACAACGCACCUAGCUAUGCUGAAAGCGAGAAUCCGGGAAGGUCUGUACGGGCUUCUGUUAUGGUGUCAACACUACGAGAAGAAAAUCGAUCGGAAUUGUCGAAUGAAGGGAAUAAUGUCGAGGCACAGACUUCAACAGCAAGAAAGGUUCUGAAUUUUUUCAAAAGAAGGAGCAUGAGGGUUUGA